AAGAGUAUCUUAGUUUUUGCUUCUUCUUGUAAUGGUUGAUGUUAUUAUUGUGUUUGUGUUUUGUGAAAUGAAACAGAUUGCGAAGGUAUGGGUCAAAACGAUUAGUCGGGCUAAGGAUUUCAAUGAGCAACUGGUGCAAGAAGCCAAUGCAAAGAUUUUCACUUUCGGUUCUUAUCGAUUAGGGGUAGGGCUUUUCUUGUCUCUUUCUCAAUCUUAUUAUAUAUAUUCACACAUUAGAAUGUUUGUUCAUACUGUGAACUUUGAAUUCCCCAGGCUUGUCAACAAGAUCAAUAACUCUAUUGGUCAAGAUCCUGAUUCGAAGAACUUGAUUGGGCUUCUAGAUAUUUAUGGAUUUGAGAGUUUCAAGACAAACAGUUUUGAGCAAUUUUGUAUCAAUUUGACAAAUGAAAAACUACAGCAACAUUUUAAUCAGCAUGUUUUCAAGAUGGAGCAAGAAGAAUAUACAAAAGAAGAAAUUGACUGGAGUUAUAUAGAGUUUAUUGACAAUCAAGAUGUUCUUGAUCUCAUUGAAAAAAAACCUAGAGGAAUCAUUGCUCUUCUGGAUGAGGCGUGUAUGUUUCCAAGAUCAACAAAUGAGACUUUUGCGCAGAAGCUGUAUCAAACCUAUAAAGACCACAAACGAUUUAGCAAGCCGAAAUUAGCACGCAGUGACUUCACAAUUUGUCAUUAUGCUGGAGAAGUUACAUAUCAAACGAAGCUCUUCUUGGAUAAGAACAAAGAUUAUGUUGUUGCUGAACAUCAAGAACUUUUGGAUGCUUCCCAUUGUUCUUUUGUUUUAGGCUUGUUCCCUCCUUUACCAGAAGAAUCUUCCAAAUCAUCAAAAUUCUCUUUAAUAGGUUCUCGCUUUAAGCAACAACUACAAUCUUUGCUUGAAACGUUGAGUGUCACUGAGCCACACUACAUAAGAUGUGUAAAGCCCAAUAAUCUUCUAAAGCCGUCUAUAUUUGAGAAUAACAAUAUUUUGCAGCAGCUUCGUUGUGGGGGAGUUACGGAGGCCAUCAGGAUUAGUUGUGCUGGAUAUCCUACAAGAAAGCCAUUCCGUGAAUUUGUAGGUCGUUUUGGCAUCUUGGCACCUAAUGUCUUUGUUGGGAGUAACUGCUUGUAAGCGCCUUCUAGAGAAGGUGAAUCUCAAGGGUUAUCA